AUGACUGCCCACAACUCCUCUCGCAUCUGGGAGACACCCAGUAAUCCAGCCUCAUCACCUGUCAACUCUCUAAAUCAUGAUCCCUCAAAGACAGCGCAACUCCCUUCCAUCCAAACCUUAACUGGUGACCUCCCACGAAACAGCAAUAAUCCUACCUCUCCAUCCUUCACCUCAGGCAAUCGCACAUCAGAUCCAUGGGGCGGCAGCACUACACAAAGUACUCGGUCUUCGGCCUACUCCUCAGGAGGGGGGAUGGGUUAUGCAUCAUCAAUAAGUUCCCCACAACGGGCGUCCAACACGAGUCAAUUUGGAGCAACAUCAUAUCCAGCAGAUUUCAACUCACCUACCUCAGCUGGGGCGCAAGCUUCCCCGGGGUUUGCCUCGCCCCAGCAGCUUAAGACACUAUCGCUCAAUGCGCAUACUGCAGACCCCGCGCUGUACCGCAGCAGCCAGCACAGCGACUCCUUCCCUCCACAGGAGUCACGUCGCAGUAGCUUGGGAAGUCAAGUGAAUAGCGGGUUUGGCAACUUGCAAAUCAACAACGGCGCAAGUUCACCAUAUGGCACUGGUGCGAAUCCGUCACAUUCAUCAAUUGCCGCCAGCUUGCAAAGAGAACGGGGGAUACCACAAGUCAACGGCAUUAGAAACUCUGGAACAGGCUCCAUCCAUCAACAGCAAUCACCCCUUUCGCCGCUCGCACAACAAACGCAGCACGCGAGGACAGCCCCCGUUAUAGCCAGCAAUCCCAAUAGGGGAGUCUAUAAUGCAGAGAAGCCUACCGUUGGGCAGCCAUAUGCCUUCCCUGACCCUGAUAUGGAUCCGGAGCCAAGUGACAUACCGAGGCUUUCGAGGAGAAACAGCGAGCACGGUUCUCUCGCGAGCAGUAUCAUCACAACCGAUUCGAAGUACCCACAUGGUCAACAUUCGCUCGAUGACGCGGAUCCAAUGCCAGGUACACAUCACCAUUCCCUGAAUAGCAAGAGGAUUAGCGGGACUUCCGGAGACGGUGAUUCCCCUGAGACCUCAACUCCAUAUAGCAGGACUCCGGCGCUUCGUGCAAGUCACAAAUUGGCAGAACGAAAGCGCAGAACGGAGAUGAAGCAUCUGUUCGACCGUCUAAGAGACCAGAUCCCUGCCAGUCACGGCAGCAAGUCGAGCAAAUGGGAAAUCCUGACGAAGGCUUCCGAACACAUCAAAAACCUCGAGAACUCUUGUCGUGCGGGCCAAGACGCUCAGAUACAGAUGCAGUCGGCUGCCUCCGAAAUUGAGGCACUGCGCCGCGAGAAUGAAGCCAUGAGACGGGAGCACUACCACCUGCAAGAGGAUUAUCAUAGAAAUCGUCCAGGAACCGCGACUACCAUAAACGGCCAACCGUCAAGCCAUCCAUUUUCGAACGGCCCGACACCUCAGCCGAUGCAAGUCGAUCCGUCGAGAAGCCUACCGCCUCUCACUAAUGGCGUACAAACGUCCAGUAUGCAGGGCGUGCAAUAUGACGACCCACGGAGGUAG